CUGUCAAACUGACGGUGAUUGAGGCUUCUGGAUGGGAUGAAAUUAACAGUUUGGAUGACCACCUUCAUGACGUUAUCCAUUUUCAGUGAAUUGCAACACAAAGCCUCCUGGUGCAAAAUACAGUGAAAAGUCCAAAAAUCACGUCCUCCAUUUGCAGAUUGCACUUUAUCUUUGAACUUUUUUACAACGCCUGCUUUCUUCCCGAUCAUUGAGGGCGCACCAUCUGUAGCCAGGCUGACAGCGCGGGACCAGUCCACUCUGACCCUGUCCAGCGUGCCGACGAGAGCGGUGAAAAUAUCAGCUGCGGUCAUUGUAUCUGUCAUCGGUACCAACUCCACAAACUCCUCGGUGACGGUCAAUGUGUCAUCAACUCCACGGAUGAAAAUUGCCAGUUGUGCAACAUCUGUAAUGUCCGUGCCUUCAUCAAUGGACUACUUGCACUAGGGCGUGUGACGUAUUUCCGUUUCCAAAUACUACCGCUUGGGCGUUUCCGGUAUGUUUGUUUAUCUAUCGGUAGCUAUGCUAAUGUCACUUCAGAAUGAGUAUAAAAAGGAAAAAUAUUUAAAACAGAACAUUUUCAAAAACAGGAGAAGAAAUACUCCGAGCAUUGCUGUGUCCCACUUUGUUCGGCUUCAGCCAAAUUUAACGGCAUACUAAGUUUUCAUGCCUUUCCGACCCAUUCCGACUUGAGAAGACAAUGGCUGGUAAAUAUACCCUGGGAUCAUUUCGCGAUUACCUCUCACACCAGGGUCUGCAGCAGACACUUUGCCAGUGAUCAACUCAUAGAGCCAACAACCCUUGAUGGUCGAAGGCGGCUUAUUAAAGGUGCUGUACCAACACUUUUUGAGUGGAAUGGCUAUAAAGUUGAACCACCGCGGCGUAGUGUUUGGGAGAGAACGGAGCGACGCCCUGAACUAUUUCCUCCUGACGAUCAAGAAGAGCACGGUCUUACAAUAGAUCAUGACUACUGCUCAGUCCCUGAGCCGUCUGCAUUGGACAUAUCUGCAUCAGCUGCAGAAGACCUGUCCAAAGACGUGGAGACUCUGAGGAAGGAAAUGCAGGAGUUACGUGUCCAGCGAGAAUUUGGGUUACAGCGCUUUGCUGGCUCCGACACUGACAUCCGAUUCUAUACCAGAUUUCCAAGCUAUGAUCAUUUGAUGGCAUUUUGGUUUUUGAUUGAGCCUUGCAUCUAUAAAAUGAUCCGGGUUUCAAGAGCCAAGUCAGCUGCCAAUAGGAACGAAGAAGUGUUGACACCUGCACGCACAUCAACGAGGCAGCUGCUACAGCCAAUUGACGAGUUCUUUCUUUUCCUGGUUUUCCUGUCAGUUGGUUUGAAGGAGAGGGACCUGGCACACAGAUUUAACAUACACCAGUCCACAGUGAGCCGCAUUAUUGCAACAUGGACGAAUUUUCUUGCCACUGCACUGGGGUCUCAAUGCAUUUGGCUUACACGUGAAGAAGUGCAAGCUUACCUCCCUGAGGAAUUCAAAGAUUUCUCAGACACCCAGAUGAUCCUUGACUGUACAGAGCUGAGGUGUCAGACACCAUCCUCACCACUUCUCCAAAGUGAAAUGUACUCUUCGUACAAAUCCCACUGCACGAUGAAAGCCCUGGUUGGCAUAGCUCCACAUGGUCCAGUGACAUUCAUCUCUAAUCUGUAUGCUGGUUCGGUUAGUGACAAGGAACUAUUCAAACAAUCAGGCAUUGCUGAGAAGUUGACUGAAGACAUGGCAGUGAUGGUAGAUAAGGGCUUCCUAAUCACCGAUUGUUGUAAAUGCAAAGUGUACUGCCCACCUUUUGUAUCUAAGCAGAAGCAGAUGCCAGCAUACCAGGUUAAGGAGACGCAGGCCAUAGCCAGACUCAGGGUACAUGUGGAGCGAGUCAUUAGGAGGAUAAAACAGAACAAACUUUUUGAUAGCAUCAUUACCAUGUCACAUGUUUACAAUAUCAACCAACUGUUUGCAGUAGCAUGUAUGCUGUCAAAUUACCAGAACACAGCAUUAGUUAAAAAAUGGGUUAAGUGAAACAAGAUGGACUUUUCCCAAGACACCAGUGCCAGUACAACUUAUGGAAAAUGACCUGCAGCUGAGGCCACUACAGUUGCAUUUCUUCCUUCUCAGCUGACAAAACUUGAUUACAGAACUGGUACUUGAAUGCUGAUAGUUGAGUUCCAGUUAUUGAUCAUUCUAAUUCAUUGCAAAUGUUGAAUGUUAAUAAUACUGUUUAAUUAUACUACUAUAUUACUAUUCAGAUUCAACAAAAUUGUUUAUCAAAAUUAUAAAGUAAAUCACUAAAUCGUUUUAAAAUCAUAAGUGACAUAAUGCUUUUGUAACAUCCAAAAUACCAUUUGUCAUUUUCUUCCCUCAGUUGUGUUAUUGUCUAAAGUGGAGUGUUAAAUACUUACCAUGUAAAUAAGUUCUACAGAAAUUCAAUGUUUUAAUGUGUGUUUUUAAAAAAAAAUGAAAUUGAUGCCAUUGCUUAAAUAACAGUUUAUUGAUUUCACAUAAAAGUAACAUGUAACAACAAGUAACAACAAAAGAAUUCAUGAAAUAUAUUGCAAAUAAAACAUCAGUUAUUUUGUUCCAGCCAGCCUGAAGGAUCUGUUUUCCUUUUUGCUAUGUUUUCACUGUUCAUUUUUCCAAACACAGGUAUCUUGGCAUAUAUAUGUAAAAAAAAGAAGUAGUCAGCCUUUUCUCUGAUUGCAUUGUGCACAUCUGUAUCCAUGUAUAUUCUUUGCACUAGGUAGUCCUCUUGUGCCCACACAACAAAGUCACACCACUGCAUCCCACUGAUGAGCAGUUGUCCUUGCACUUGCCAGUAAUAUGCGUGGCUCUUUUUUAGUUUGGGGGUACCACAUUCCAUUUGCACAUAUUUGCAGUCAAUAAAGUUUUGUACAUUGGGACAUUUAAAUUCGACAAGGCCAAACUGGGGGUAUUCAUUGGGGUCAAAAACAACACCAUCAGGAGAUGCAGCAAGCCAGGGGGCAAUGGGGUGAAUGACCAGACCACAGGGUGAGUAAUUAACAUUCAUUAGCCUACUAUACUCUGCUGCUAUUGCAGGCUCCAUCUCAGUUCCUCUCCUCAUGUCUGCUGUCUGCCUUGUUCCCUUCAAUAUACGGUCUGCUAGUGACUCUGCCGAGCUCUGGCCUCUGACGUGACACACCUCCCGAAACCUAGAGGCAGUCACUCUGGGCCUGCGGAGCUGAUGCCACUCAGACGAAGAGCUUUGCUCACGUGUAGCUUCCUCUAUUUUGUGAGCCAUUUCCAGAGUUACAGACAAGCUUUUCAGAUGCAGAAGCUCUUCUUCUGAGCACACAAACACACAAUCUGAUGGCAAGAUGUCAUACCCCUCCAGAGGCAAGUGCGGUGUUGGUGGUGCAUCACGGUGUAGUGUGAUGUACCGGGUUGCCAAAACCGGCUGCUAAUAUGACAGAACACUGCCCUCCUGCACCAGCCCAAAGGCACUUUCCACAAGGGGCUUAUCAGGUCUCAUGUUCAUUGUGGUCACAAGUGGUCUGUCCUCAAUAUUAAAUUUUGCAUAUGCCUCCAUUAUUCUGAAAAAGCAGGGAUCUGGUAACGGACCCACCAUGCCUCUG